UUCGGGAUCAGAGGCCCUGCCACCGCUGUUGCCGGAGCCUCGGUUAUUUUUCCAUCUCUGGCCUAUGGCGUAUUGGUGAUCAUGCUCUUUUAAGAGGUUUGUUAAAGCUAUGCAUUGUAUAACAAUAAUCCCCCUUGUUCCACAAUAGCAUAUUCGUUUACCAAUUCCAAACAUGUUUUCAAAGUAUUCUUUUGGGAAAUUCAGGAAUUUGUUUGGUAGUGGUAUUGGGUUAUGUGAGAUUUUAAAUGAGAGCACCACCUGAAGCCUUAUUAGUAGUUUAGUAAAGGCCUAUCACUUUUUAGUUCAGCCCUCAGAGGCAGGUGCAGCUCAACUAUUUUCCUACCAAGCAGUCAUAUCAUCAAACAAUGGAGGAAGAUUGGAGCUGGAAAGAGGAGGCCCAGAAGAAGGUGUCAAGGUUCCUAGUGAAGCUGAAGCUGAAGAGUCAUUCUAGGAGCUCUGAUGACAGGUCCCGUUUGGCUUCAGAGCGAGCUAACGCUGAAGUCCGCCAGUGGGCAGUCAUGCAGCCUUCGGCAGAGGGCAAAGCUCACCACAGCUCGCAGGGAACUAUCCAUAAUAACUCACCGCAGCGCUCCCCACCCACCGGCACUAAUAAGAGUUGCAGAGGGGCAGAGGGAUCUACGUCCCCAGAAAACACUGACAGCGGCAGGAAGAAGAUCAGGUUCCCACUCCUCUUCACCAAGACAGCCGUGGCUGUGACCACCACCAACCCCCUUGUCACUCAGAAUGACCGGCCCAGCGUGAAGCUUUCUGCCAAGACAGAGAAGGCACGUAAGAUGGUGAGGGGGGCCAGUAUCCCAGAGGAGAUUGGUGUUGGAGCUAAGAUCAUGCAGAAGACCUUACCGGCCAUAUCCAAGUUCAGCUGGUCACGGCCCAGUCCAAGUGAAGGAGAUGACAAAGUCCAGGGCAAAGUCAAAGACUUCCGCAAGACCAAACUAGGUAAACAGGAAGAAGAUAACAUCCCGCCAAUAGCCAAAGAACCCAGGAGGAAAGGGUCCUUCCAUGGAGCAGAGCAAGGCAGAGGCAGGGACUACAGCAGGAGGAGGGCGCCCCUCUCCUACGACAUCCAGCACAGACUCAACCAAGCCAUGACAGAUUCAGACAGACUCAAACCUAGAGAGGUCACCAAGAGAAGCAGAACCAUCCAAUGUGAGAAUCUCCAGCAAAGGCCCAACCGACAGAUGCCAGAGUUGGAGCGAUUCAAACCCAGGGAUAUCACCAAGAGGAGGGGCAUCAUUCACUGUGAUGAGCUGCACCAAAGGCCCAACCAGCCAAUGCCAGAGCCAGAUAAAGCCUCCCUGGUUAAACUCCCAGCGAUUCCACGGCGGAGGGGCUCCAUCUCAUAUGAGAAGUACCAGAAGCUGAACCAGAAGAUGCCAGUCAGCACCAUCAACACAUCAUCACUGGGAAUUAUUCGUAUUGAAGACCUGGCAACUAUGGUGCCUGACGAACCCCUGAUCGAUGCCCAGUCUGAUGCCUUCAAAGAAGUCUUUGAGCAGUUUGCGAAGAACAGUGAUGGCUAUAUCAAUGAGGAGGGCCUGGCAUCCACGCUGGACAGAGUGGGGAUCAGUAUCAGUCCAGAGGAGGUGAAGAAAGCCCUGCAGAAGGCUGACUACGACAAGGAUGGCGAGGUGGGGUUAGAAGAUUUCCUGCAUGUGAUGGAGGACAGCCAGCACUUCUCCAAGUGUGUGAAAGCUGAAGGAGCGGACCCAUCCCAGUCUGUUAAGGUGUGUGAGACAGUGUUUUACAAGGCCCUGACCAAGAUGCUGGCUGCUGGUAUCCUGUCCAGUGGUACUACAAGAGAAAUAGUACAGUACUACCAUAAAAAGACUCUGAGGCUGAUCCGGCUGGCCGUACGACCAGAUGGGGAUGUUCUCACCUACUACACCAAGGGAGCUCAUCUGCUAGGGCUGAAGAGCAAGCAGCUCCUCAAGUACAUCCAGCCAGUGGAGACAAUUGCCCAGAGCCAGAAGGAGAAGGACAGCCCGUACCUGAGGCGUCCCAGCCUGAACGUGACCUACACCUCCUGGGACCCCCGACGCAUGUCCCUGAACCCUGCACAGAGGGUCAAAAUGGGCCGCAUGAAGUCUGUCAAGACCUGGAAGACCGUUGAGAUCGAGGAUCGCAUCAGACAACUGUCAAUCAAGCACCCUGGGAUGGAAAAAAUGGAGAUGAUCACACCUGUGAAGAUGAAGGUGAACAUGUCCAUGAAGGAGAGGGACCACCUCACUUACAAUGAGAUCAACCAGAUCACACAGAAGUCUAAAUCAGGUCUGAAGGGGUACCUGAAGGACCUGACCCAGCUGAAGCGCAGGAACAUGUGGAACUCUUGGGGCUCCCUUCAGUGUUACUGUGUCCUCCACAGCCGGAAGGACUUCCCCAAAACCUUCACCACCUACUCCUGGUCCUGGAGCGGCUGUUGCAACAUGAUGGAGACUGGAGACCUGGGCGCUCCCUGUAGGUCCACCCUACGCCCCCGUAUAGCCAACCACUGGAACCCAUCGUCAGGAAGCAGCACACCUCGUCCAAUCAUGGCGGCCAAAAAGAGAAGACCCCGGCGGCGACCCCCGCUGACAGGAAGAGCAGUACCCUGUAGAAAAGAGGAAUAACACCAAUAGCAAUCAUAACAAUAUUGAUAUGAUCAAUUACUCUAACCACAAAGAUCCCACGCCCCACUUCCUCUGACCACAGUAUCCACUCCCCCACCCCACCCCUCCUGAUCCCAGUCCCUAUGAUGACUUCGACCUGAGCAGCUAUAGCUAUGAGUGCAACAACCCCCCACGCUAUGUGUACAAACAGGACCGGCCCCCUAGCUGAUCUGUUGCCCUGGCCCUAACUGACAUUAGCCCCACCCUGAGGCCCAUGAGAGAGGGAGGAAUGGAGGAGAGGACAUGCAGUGUCUCCCUGCUCAGCAGAAAUAAACCCAUCAUCUCUGAAUAAAUAGGAGAAUGAGUC